CUCAGAGUAGAUCCAGAAGGUAUUCAGGGACCAGAUAGAAGUUGGUCUUGUUUCUGUGUUGCUGUUUGGUAUUUUUAGUCUGUGUUGAAGUAAUUUGUUUUUUCUGAUAAUGCCGUCAGUUUCUACCUCUUCGGCGGUGGAGUCCGGCAAGCGGAGGAAGAUUGCGACCGUCGCGGGUAGUGCUCGCAGACAACAGCAUGCGUCAAGAAUAUUCUCGCCGUUCAGAGCGCUUGGAUAUGUCACUAGCACUGUCCCGUUCUCGGUAUCGACUCUCGGUCAGACAUUCAUUCUCACCACCGUCGUUGGAAACUCGUUCCAAGUCUACGAUGCGGGAUCACUACACCUCCUCUUCGUCUCCUCCCCGCAGACAAGUUCGCCCAUCUCCGCCGUCUCGACCCAUUUCCACUUUGUCUACGCGGUCUGGGGCUCGACAAUCGGCGUCUUCCGCCGCGGCAAGCUCGAGUACGCCGUCGACACUAACUCUCCGCUGCCGCUCACGAAACUGCUCGUGUUUGGAGACUACGUCUGCGCAGCUUCGGAUGAGACCGUGUACGUCUACCGCUUCGGCGCGGCGGAUAAGUCGAGUCCUCCCGAGUUCUACACUUCGAUCGAUCUUCCCCCCGGAGCAGGUGAGAUCCUAGAUUUGAUCCACCCGCACACAUACCUCAACAAAAUCGUCGUGGCAACCUCGUCAUACAUCCUCCUCUACAACAUCCGCAUCGGUAAACUUCUCUUCCAGAGCGACCCCUUCGACUCGCUUCUCACAGCAGUCGACGUCGCCCCCGUUCUCGACACGAUCGGACUUGCGUUCGAAGACGGCCGCGUGCAGGCUUUUAACCUCAGAUACGCCAAAGUCGUCUUCGAGCUCUCGUGCCGGCAGAAAGUGACCUCGAUCUCGUUCAGGACCGACGGAACGCCGCAUCUCGCGGCAGGAACCGUCGAUGGCGAUAUCUACUUUUAUGAUCUUAAUCGCCAGCGCCGCGUGCAUAUCAUGCGUGACGUGCACUCUAGCGAACAAGGUGGCGUCGCUCGGGUGUCGUUUUUGAACGGGCAGCCGGUGUUUGUGACCUCUGGAGGUGACAAUUACCUAAAGGAAUACGUGUUCGACCCCGAGCUCAGCACCUCAACAGCUCUCAUAACCUCUCCCCCGCGCCAUCUCCGCUCCCGCGGCGGCCAUUCAAAGCCAUCCACCAACCUCAGCUUCACAGACGACUCCGGCCACUUCCUUCUCUCCUCCGCGCUCGACCGUUCGCUCUGGCUUUUCUCCCUCCGCAAAGACGCUCAAAGCCACGAACUUUCCCAGCGCGAGAAAGCCUCGUCGUCGCAGCUGCCGGGUCGCAAGGCCGGGCUCACGAGCGGGCUGAAGGAGAAGUUUCCCGAGAUCACGGCGAUGGCGUAUGAAGCCAACAAGCUCGGGGACUGGGAAAACAUCGUGACCGCGCACAAGGGCCUCGCGUACGCGCGCACAUGGGACGGGCACCGCGGCGCGGUCGGGCGGUGGCAGCUCAAGACUUCGGAUAAGAGUGCUGUGCGGUCGGUCGCGAUUUCGUUUUGUGGGAAUUUCGCACUAAUUGGAUCUGCGCAUGGCGCGGUUGAUGUGUAUAACCUGCAGAGCGGCGUGCACCGGAAACGGUUUCGGUCGCAUAAGCGCGCGGUGACGGGCGUGGCGGUGGAUGGACUCAAUAAGACAAUCAUCAGCUGCUCGCUCGACGGACAACUGCAGUUCCACGAAUUCAAAACCGCGGCUUUGACGUACUCUCUGCAGCUGCCCGCCCCAGCAACCUCACUGCUUCUCCACCGCUCGACAGACCUCCUCGCGGUCUCCCUCGAAAACAAGCAAAUCCUCGUCGUCGACAUCCUCACCAAGCGCGUCGUCCGUGAACUCAAGGGCCACGCGCAAGCAAUCUCCGCGUUCGACUUCUCCGCCGACGGACGCUGGAUCGUGUCCGCGAGCAAAGACGGCACGAUCCGCACCUGGGACCUGCCCACUGGCUCCUGCAUCGACGCCGUGCGGGUGUCGUCUCCUGUUUCAGCGCUGCGGCUGUCUGGUAACGGCGAGUGGCUCGCGACCGCGCACGAGGACGGGGUCGGGAUAAAUCUGUGGACGAACAGGACGUUGUUCAAACAGGUUGCGUUCCGGCAGGUCACGAGCGACGAACUCGCGCUGCUGGAGAUGCCGAACGUGGCUGGCGAAGGCGCGAGCGGGAUUCUUGAAGGCGCGCUCGGCGAGCAAGAAGAUGAGGAGGAUGAUGUUGCUGAUUCGGGCGCGUACGUCUCGCCAGAGCAGUUGAAUCCGCAGCUGAUGACGCUGAGCACGAUGCCUCGCAACCGAUUCACCACGCUCGUGAAUCUCGAGACAAUCAAGCAACGCAACAAGCCCAAGGAAGCACCCAAAGCGCCCGAGCAAGCACCGUUCUUCUUAACCCUCACCGGCGGCGCAGCUGAAAAGCCCGAGGAUGAUACCGGGAAAGCGGUCGCGAAGGCAAAGUUGAAGAGCGGCACGGUCAAGAUGUCGGAGUUUAAACGGAAACUAGUCGAAUGCCACGCGGUCGGGGGCGAGUACUCGGACCUGAUCGCGUACCUCAAACACCUGACGCCGUCCGCGACGGACCUCGAGCUUCGCUCGCUGACGCUCGAGGAAAUCGAUCAUUUUACGUACUUUAUCGACGCGAUGACGAGCAGGCUCGAGCAGCGGCAGGACUACGAGCUCGUGCAGGCGUGGAUGACGAUGUUGCUUAAGAUCCAUGGGGACGUGGUGGCGGGGAGUAAAGAGGACGGGUUUGCGGAUCUGAAUGAGGCGCUGGUGAGGUGGCAGGAGGUGGAGGGCAAGGAGAAGAAGAGGAUUGAUGAUCUGGUGGGGUAUUGUGCCAGUGUUGUUGGGUUUUUGAGAAUGGAGUAGUGGAUUAUAGAUUAUGUUGUCUACAGUCGCUAUAGUAAUGCAAUCAAUUAAUUUAUACACAAUAGAUAUAUUACA